GCAGCUCCUCCCGCCUCCUCCAGCUGCCUGCAGACCGGACAGCAGCAGCAACCAGCAGCAGCAGACUCCGUCCUGUUGGAUCUAACUGAGCAGAGAGCGAGGCUCCGACAUGCUGUCCCCGGGACUCUGCGCGUCCCUGCUGGCCGUGUCCUGCGCCCUGUGGCCGGCCUCGGUCGGGGCGGCGUCCUGCGAGUCGGUGCGGAUCCCGCUGUGCCGCUCCAUGCCGUGGAACAUGACCAAGAUGCCCAACCACCUCCACCACAGCACGCAGGACAACGCGGUGCUGGCCAUCGAGCAGUUCGAGGGGCUGCUGGGUACUGGCUGCAGCGCCGAUCUGCUCUUCUUCCUGUGUGCCAUGUACGCUCCCAUCUGCACCAUCGACUUCCAGCACGAGCCCAUCAAACCCUGCAAGGCGGUGUGUGAGCGGGCCAUGUUGGGCUGUGAGCCGGUGAUGAAGCGUUAUAACCACAGCUGGCCGGACAGCCUGGCCUGCAACGAGCUGCCGCUGUACGACCGCGGAGUCUGCAUCUCACCUGAGGCCAUCGUCAAGGCCGAGGGGCCAGAUCCGUACUACCAGGACCCAGCCAGGUGUAACCCAGAAUCCAGUCCAGACUUCCCAAUGGACUCCAACAACCUGCACUGCAGAGGACCAAACAGAGACCGCUGUAAAUGUAAACAAGUCAAAAUGGGUUUGAAAUCCUAUCUGAAGAACAACUACAACUACGUGAUCAGGGCGAGGGUGAGGGAGGUGAGGAACCGCGGCCUGGAGCCCACAGCAGUGGUGGAGGUGAAGGAGGUGCUCAAGUCUUCUCUGGUCAACAUCCCCAAGGAGACGCACACGCUCUACUACUCCUCCUCCUGCCUGUGUCCUCCUGUAACUGCUGGGGAGGAGUACCUCAUCAUGGGCUACGAGAACGAGGAGACGUCCAGGUUGCUUCUGAUUGACGGAUCCAUUGCUCAGAAAUGGAGGGAGAAAAUGGGCAGAAAGGUCAAGAGAUGGGAUCAGAUCCUGCAGGGGAGGGGCCGAGCAGCUCAGCGCCGGGGUCGCCACUGAGACCUGGCUGUGUGUGUGUGUGUGUGUGUGUGUGUGUGUGUGUGUGUGUAUGUGUGUGUGUGUGUGUGUGUGUGUGUGUGUAUGUGUGUGUGUGUGUGUGUGUGUGUGUGUAUGUGUGUGUAGAUAUUGCACUAUCACAGACUGUUGUAGCUGAAUGUAGUCCAUCUCUUCAUUCACCAGACUGUUUGGAGUCUGAGUUUUGUCAUUUAUUUUCUUUGCACAAACAUUAUUUAGUGUGCGUCUAGUGUGUGUGUAUGUGGGUGUGUGCGUGUAUGUGCGUGUGCAUGUGUAGUGUGUGUGUGUGUGUGCACCUAAAGCACUCAAUAAAGACAAGAGAAGGGGUGGAGCUUCAAAGCUGUGCUACUAAACCCUAUGCACAGCCAUACAGUAUGUACAUGACACUUUUUUGGAACAGCUUUUCUUUUCGAUGGCGGCCAUGUUGGCUCCACAGCUCCUUGCGGAGGUCACGGUCCCUAAUUAUCCAGGAUGUCGGCCAUGCCACCACAGCGACCUGACGGAGGACAUUUAUAGCCAUUUGGACUUGGAAGUUUUGGACUGUGAUAGAUCAGUAGCCUGAUCUUAACUUUACUGAACUCUGAAAAAAAAGGAAAGAAAAAUAUUCAGACAGCAUCAAGACCAGCAGCUGCAGCAGAAGAGUUGGAUCCAGCGCCUCUACUGGUCUUAAUGUGUCACAGGAAACCAAUGUCUGUUGGGACAGGAAAUCUACAUUCGGUGGCCACUUUAUUAGGGACACCUGUACAAUCUAAUGCAAUCCAAUAAAACAGCUCAGACAUAAAUUCUAUUCACAAAGUU